GCAAGAUGGCGGAAGCCAAGUAGCGAGGGGGCGGAGUGUGGCCGCCGGAAACCCGGCCGCUGCUGGGGGGAGCUGCGGGCGAAGGCCCGGGAGCAGCGGGCCGAGGCUGGCACGAUGCUGUUCCCGGGAAGCGUUGUUGGUUACCGGUGAGGAAGGUGAAGCAGAUUUGCCUUCCCGGACCCCCGGUGCCCCCUAUGUACGCCUCUCUGGGCUCGGGUUCGGUCGCCGUUUUGCCUGCUUCUACACCACCCUCUACUCUCGGGUCCUGGAGCGACGGCGGCGACGGCGGCGGCGGCUGUGUCCCGAAGGAGAGGAAGCGCCCAGGCGGCGUCCGUACUUCUGGCCGCGGGGCGAACGUCUGGCAGGUCCAAGGGUAGCCAAGGAUGGCUGCAGCUUCAUAUGAUCAGUUGUUAAAGCAAGUUGAGGCACUGAAGAUGGAGAACUCAAAUCUUCGACAAGAGCUAGAAGAUAAUUCCAAUCAUCUUACAAAACUGGAAACUGAGGCAUCUAAUAUGAAGGAAGUACUUAAACAGCUACAAGGAAGUAUUGAAGAUGAAGCUAUGACUUCUUCUGGACAGAUUGAUUUAUUAGAGCGUCUCAAAGAACUUAAUUUAGAUAGCAGUAAUUUCCCUGGAGUGAAACUACGCUCAAAAAUGUCCCUUCGUUCUUACGGAAGCCGCGAAGGAUCUGUAUCUAGUCGUUCAGGAGAGUGUAGUCCUGUUCCCAUGGGUUCGUUUCCAAAAAGAGGAUUUGUAAAUGGAAGCAGAGAAAAUACUGGUUAUUUAGAAGAACUUGAGAAAGAAAGAUCAUUACUUCUUGCUGAUCUUGACAAAGAAGAAAAGGAAAAAGACUGGUAUUAUGCUCAGCUUCAGAAUCUCACUAAAAGAAUAGAUAGUCUUCCUUUAACUGAAAAUUUUUCCUUACAAACAGAUAUGACCAGAAGACAAUUGGAAUAUGAAGCAAGGCAAAUCAGAGUUGCAAUGGAAGAACAACUAGGUACUUGCCAGGAUAUGGAGAAAAGAGCACAGCGAAGAGUAACCAGAAUUCAACAAAUAGAAAAAGACAUACUUCGUAUACGACAGCUUUUACAGUCCCAAGCCACAGAAGCAGAGAGGUCAUCUCAGAACAAGCAUGAAGCCGGCUCACAUGAAGCUGAGCGGCAGAAUGAAGGUCAAGGAGUGGCAGAAAUCAACAUGGCAACUUCUGGUAGUGGUCAGGGUUCAGCUGCACGAAUGGAUCAUGAAACAGCCAGUGUUUUAAGUUCUAGUAGCACACACUCUGCUCCUCGAAGGCUGACAAGUCACCUGGGAACCAAGGUGGAAAUGGUGUAUUCAUUGUUAUCAAUGCUUGGUACUCAUGAUAAGGAUGAUAUGUCGCGAACUUUGCUAGCUAUGUCUAGCUCCCAAGACAGCUGUAUAUCCAUGCGACAGUCUGGAUGUCUUCCUCUCCUCAUCCAGCUUUUACAUGGCAAUGACAAAGACUCUGUGUUGUUGGGAAAUUCCCGGGGCAGUAAAGAGGCUCGGGCGAGGGCCAGUGCAGCCCUGCACAACAUCAUUCACUCACAGCCUGACGACAAGAGAGGCAGGCGUGAAAUCCGAGUCCUUCAUCUUUUGGAACAGAUACGAGCUUACUGUGAAACCUGUUGGGAGUGGCAGGAAGCCCAUGAACAAGGCAUGGACCAGGACAAAAACCCAAUGCCGGCUCCUGUUGAACAUCAGAUCUGUCCUGCUGUGUGUGUUCUAAUGAAACUUUCAUUUGAUGAAGAACAUAGACAUGCAAUGAAUGAACUUGGUAGGAAGGCUACCCGGGGCAUUUCAUCACAGGAGCUAGGGCAGGGGCUUGCAGGGGGACUACAGGCCAUUGCAGAAUUAUUGCAGGUGGACUGUGAAAUGUAUGGGCUAACUAAUGACCACUACAGUAUUACAUUAAGACGGUAUGCUGGAAUGGCUUUGACAAACUUGACUUUUGGAGAUGUAGCCAACAAGGCCACACUCUGCUCUAUGAAAGGCUGCAUGAGAGCGCUUGUGGCCCAGCUAAAAUCUGAAAGUGAAGACUUACAGCAGGUUAUUGCAAGUGUUUUGAGGAAUUUGUCUUGGCGAGCAGAUGUAAAUAGUAAAAAGACAUUGCGUGAAGUUGGAAGUGUGAAAGCGUUAAUGGAAUGUGCUUUGGAAGUUAAAAAGGAAUCAACCCUCAAAAGUGUACUGAGUGCCUUAUGGAAUUUGUCAGCACAUUGCACUGAGAAUAAAGCUGAUAUAUGUGCUGUAGAUGGUGCGCUUGCAUUUCUGGUUGGCACUCUUACUUACCGAAGCCAGACAAAUACUUUAGCCAUUAUUGAAAGUGGAGGUGGGAUAUUACGGAACGUGUCCAGCUUGAUAGCUACAAAUGAGGACCACAGGCAAAUUCUAAGAGAGAACAACUGCCUGCAAACCUUAUUACAACACUUGAAAUCUCACAGUUUGACAAUAGUCAGUAAUGCAUGUGGAACCUUGUGGAAUCUCUCAGCAAGAAAUCCUAAAGACCAGGAGGCACUGUGGGACAUGGGGGCAGUCAGCAUGCUCAAGAACCUUAUUCAUUCAAAGCACAAAAUGAUUGCUAUGGGAAGUGCUGCAGCCUUAAGGAAUCUCAUGGCAAAUCGACCUGCAAAAUAUAAGGAUGCCAAUAUUAUGUCUCCUGGUUCAAGCUUGCCAUCUCUUCAUGUCAGGAAACAAAAAGCCCUGGAAGCAGAAUUAGAUGCUCAGCAUUUAUCAGAAACUUUUGACAAUAUUGACAAUCUAAGUCCCAAGGCAUCUCACCGUAGUAAGCAACGACACAAGCCAAAUCUCUAUGGUGACUAUGUUUUUGACACCAAUCGACAUGAAGAUAAUAGGUCAGACAAUUUUAAUACUGGAAACAUGACUGUCCUUUCACCAUAUUUAAAUACUACAGUGUUGCCCAGCUCCUCUUCUUCAAGAGGAAGUUUAGACAGUUCUCGUUCUGAAAAAGAUAGAAGUCUGGAGAGAGAACGAGGAAUUAGCCUAGGCAACUACCACCCAGCAACAGAAAAUCCAGGCACUUCUUCAAAGCGAGGUUUGCAGAUUUCCACCACUGCAGCCCAGAUUGCCAAAGUCAUGGAAGAAGUAUCAGCUAUUCACACCUCCCAGGAAGACAGAAGCUCUGGGUCUACCAGCGAGUUACAUUGUGGGACGGACGAGAGGAAUGCGCUGAGAAGAAGCUCUACUGCCCACACACAUGCAAACACUUACAACUUCACUAAGUCAGAAAAUUCAAAUAGGACAUGUCCUAUGCCUUAUGCCAAAUUGGAAUAUAAGAGAUCUUCCAAUGAUAGUUUAAAUAGUGUCAGUAGUAGUGAUGGUUAUGGUAAAAGAGGUCAGAUGAAGCCUUCCAUUGAAUCCUAUUCUGAAGAUGAUGAAAGUAAAUUUUGCAGCUAUGGUCAAUAUCCAGCUGACCUAGCCCAUAAAAUACAUAGCGCAAAUCAUAUGGAUGAUAAUGAUGGAGAACUAGAUACACCAAUAAAUUAUAGUCUUAAAUAUUCAGAUGAGCAGUUGAACUCUGGAAGGCAAAGCCCUUCACAGAAUGAAAGAUGGGCGAGACCCAAACAUAUAAUAGAAGAUGAAAUAAAACAGAGUGAGCAAAGACAAUCAAGAAGUCAAAGCACAACUUACCCCGUAUAUACUGAGAGCACUGAUGAUAAACAUCUCAAGUUUCAGUCACAUUUUGGACAGCAGGAGUGUGUUUCCCCGUAUAGGUCAAGAGGAGCCAGUGGUUCAGAAACAAAUCGAGUAAGUUCUAAUCAUGGAAUUAAUCAAAAUGUAAACCAGUCUUUGUGUCAAGAAGAUGACUAUGAAGAUGAUAAGCCAACCAACUAUAGUGAACGUUACUCCGAGGAAGAGCAGCAUGAAGAAGAGAGACCAACAAAUUAUAGCAUAAAAUAUAACGAAGAAAAACAUCAUGUGGAUCAGCCUAUCGAUUAUAGUUUAAAAUAUGCUACAGACAUUCCUGCCUCACAGAAACCACCAUUUUCAUUCUCAAAGAGUUCAUCUGGACAGAGCACUAAAACUGAACACAUCUCUUCAAGCAGUGAGAAUACAUCCACACCUUCAUCUAAUGCCAAGAGGCAGAAUCAGCACCAUCCAAGUUCAGCACAAAGCAGAAAUGGUCAGACCCCAAAAGCCACGUCCUGCAAAGUUCCCUCUAUCAACCAAGAAACAAUACAGACCUACUGUGUAGAGGAUACCCCUAUAUGUUUUUCACGUUGCAGUUCAUUAUCAUCUUUGUCAUCGGCUGAAGAUGAAAUAGGAUGUAAUCAGACAACACAGGAAACAGAAUCUGCUAACACUCUACAAAUAGCAGAAAUAAAAGAGAACAGUGGGACUAGAUCAACAGAAGAUUCUGUGAGUGAAGUUCCAGCAGUGUCACAGCACACUAGAACCAAAUCCAGCAGACUUCAGGGUUCUGGUUUAUCUGCAGAAUCAACUAGGCACAAAGCUGUGGAAUUUUCUUCAGGGGCCAAAUCUCCAUCAAAAAGCGGUGCUCAGACACCUAAAAGUCCACCAGAGCACUAUGUUCAGGAGACUCCACUCAUGUUUAGCAGAUGCACUUCUGUCAGUUCACUUGAUAGUUUUGAGAGUCGUUCAAUUGCCAGCUCCGUUCAGAGUGAACCCUGUAGUGGAAUGGUAAGUGGCAUUAUAAGCCCCAGUGACCUUCCAGAUAGCCCUGGACAAACCAUGCCACCAAGCAGAAGUAAAACCCCUCCUCCUCCUCCUCAGACAGUUCAAGCUAAGCGAGAGGUACCAAAAAACAAAGCCCCUACUGCGGAAAAGAGAGAGAGUGGACCGAAGCAAGCUGCUGUAAAUGCUGCAGUACAGAGAGUCCAGGUGCUUCCAGAUCCUGAUACUCUCUUACAUUUCGCCACAGAAAGUACUCCAGAUGGAUUUUCUUGUUCAUCUAGCCUGAGCGCUCUGAGCCUUGAUGAGCCAUUUAUACAGAAAGAUGUGGAAUUAAGAAUAAUGCCUCCAGUUCAGGAAAAUGACAAUGGGAAUGAAACCGAAUCCGAGCAGCCCGAAGAAGCAAAUGAAAAUCAGGUAAAAGAAGCAGAAAAACCUACUGAUUCUGAAAAAGAUCUGUUAGAUGACUCAGAUGAUGAUGAUAUUGAAAUACUAGAAGAAUGUAUUAUUUCUGCCAUGCCAACAAAAUCUUCACGCAAAGCCAAAAAACCAGCCCAGACUGCUUCAAAAUUACCUCCACCUGUGGCAAGGAAGCCAAGUCAACUCCCUGUAUACAAACUUCUUCCAUCACAAAACAGGUUACAGGCACAAAAACAUGUUAGUUUCACACCAGGAGAUGAUAUGCCACGGGUGUAUUGUGUAGAAGGGACACCUAUAAACUUUUCCACAGCUACAUCUUUAAGUGAUCUAACAAUAGAAUCUCCUCCAAAUGAGUUAGCUGCUGGAGAAGGGGUUAGACCAGGGGCCCAGUCUGGUGAAUUUGAAAAACGAGAUACCAUUCCUACCGAAGGCAGAAGUACAGAUGAGGCUCAAAGAGUGAUAAAAACCCCAUCUGCAACUGUAUCUGAACUGGAUGACAAUAAAACAGAAGAAGGUGAUAUUCUUGCAGAAUGCAUUAACUCUGCUAUGCCCAAAGGAAAAAGUCACAAGCCUUUCCGUGUGAAAAAGAUAAUGGACCAGGUCCAGCAAGCAUCUAUGUCUUCAUCUGGAACUAACAAAAACCAGUUAGAUGGUAAGAAAAAGAAACCUACUUCACCAGUAAAACCUAUACCACAAAAUGCUGAAUAUAGGACACGUGUAAGAAAAAACACAGACUCAAAAAAUAAUUUAAAUGCUGAAAGAACUUUCUCAGAUAACAAAGAUUCAAAGAAACAGAACUUGAAAAAUAAUUCCAAGGACUUCAAUGAUAAGCUACCAAAUAAUGAAGAUCGAGUCAGAGCAAGUUUUACUUUUGAUUCACCUCAUCAUUACACGCCUAUUGAAGGAACUCCAUACUGUUUUUCACGAAAUGAUUCUUUGAGUUCUCUAGAUUUUGAUGAUGAUGAUGUUGACCUCUCCAGAGAAAAGGCUGAAUUAAGAAAGGGGAAAGAAAAUAAAGAAUCAGAAUCUAAAGUUACCAGCCACACAGAACUAACCUCGAACCAACAAUCAGCUAAUAAGACACAAGCUGUUACAAAACACCCCAUAAAUCGAGGUCAUUCUAAAACCAUGCUGCAGAAGCAGUCCACUUUUCCGCAGUCAUCCAAAGACAUGCCAGACAGGGGGGCAGCAACUGAUGAGAAAUUACAAAAUUUUGCUAUUGAAAAUACUCCAGUGUGCUUUUCUCGAAAUUCGUCUUUAAGUUCUCUUAGUGACAUUGAUCAAGAAAACAACAAUAACAAAGAAAAUGAACCUGUCAAAGAGACAGAUCCCCCUGAGUCACAGGGAGAACCAAGUAAACCUCAGGCAUCAGGUUAUGCUCCUAAAUCAUUUCACGUUGAAGAUACCCCUGUUUGUUUCUCACGAAACAGUUCUCUCAGUUCUCUUAGUAUUGAUUCUGAAGAUGACCUGUUGCAGGAAUGUAUAAGUUCCGCAAUGCCAAAAAAGAAAAAGCCUUCAAGACUCAAGGGGGAUAAUGAAAAGCAUAGUCCCAGAAAUAUGAGUGGCAUAUUAGCGGAAGAUUUGACCCUAGAUUUGAAAGAUAUACAGAGACCAGAUUCAGAACAUGGUUUAUCUCCAGAUUCAGAAAAUUUUGAUUGGAAAGCUAUUCAAGAAGGUGCAAAUUCCAUAGUAAGUAGUUUACAUCAAGCUGCUGCUGCUGCAUGUUUAUCCAGACAGGCUUCAUCUGACUCAGAUUCCAUCCUUUCACUGAAAUCAGGAAUCUCUCUGGGAUCACCAUUUCAUCUUACACCGGAUCAAGAGGAAAAACCCUUUACAAGUAAUAAGGGCCCACGAAUUCUAAAACCUGGGGAGAAGAGUACAUUGGAAACCAAAAAGAUGGAAUCUGAAAAUAAAGGAAUCAAAGGAGGAAAAAAAGUUUAUAAAAGUUUAAUUACUGGAAAAAUUCGAUCUAAUUCAGAAAUUUCAAGCCAAAUGAAACAGCCUCUUCAAACAAACAUGCCCUCAAUCUCUCGAGGCAGGACAAUGAUUCACAUUCCAGGAGUUCGAAAUAGCUCUUCAAGUACAAGUCCAGUUUCUAAAAAAGGCCCACCCCUUAAGACUCCAGCCUCCAAAAGCCCUAGUGAAGGUCAGCCAGCCACCACUUCUCCUAGAGGAACCAAGCCAUCAGUGAAGUCAGAAUUGAGCCCUGUUACCAGGCAGACAUCCCAACCAGCUGGAGCAAAUAAAGGGCCUUCUAGGUCAGGAUCUAGAGAUUCCACUCCUUCGAGACCUGCCCAGCAACCAUUAAGUAGACCUAUGCAGUCUCCAGGGCGGAACUCAAUUUCUCCUGGUCGAAAUGGAAUAAGUCCUCCUAAUAAAUUAUCCCAGUUGCCAAGGACUUCAUCCCCUAGUACUGCUUCAACUAAGUCCUCAGGUUCUGGGAAGAUGUCAUACACAUCUCCAGGCAGACAGAUGAGCCAGCAGAACCUCACCAAACAAACGGGUUUACCCAAGAAUGGCAGUAGUAUCCCAAGAAGUGAGUCUGCCUCAAAAGGACUAAAUCAGAUGAAUAAUGGGAAUGGAUCCAAUAAAAAGGUGGAACUUUCUAGAAUGUCCUCAACUAAAUCAAGUGGAAGUGAAUCUGAUAGGUCAGAAAGACCCGUAUUAGUUCGCCAGUCAACUUUCAUCAAAGAAGCUCCAAGCCCAACCCUAAGGAGAAAAUUGGAGGAAUCUGCUUCAUUUGAAUCUCUUUCUUCAUCUUCUAGACCAGAUUCUCCCACUAGGUCCCAGGCACAGACUCCGGUUUUAAGUCCUUCCCUUCCUGAUAUGUCCCUGUCCACACAUUCAUCGGUUCAGUCUGGUGGAUGGCGAAAACUCCCACCUAAUCUCAGUCCCACCAUAGAGUAUAACGAUGGAAGACCAGCAAAGCGCCAUGAUAUAGCACGCUCCCAUUCUGAAAGUCCUUCUAGACUUCCAAUUAAUAGGUCAGGAACCUGGAAACGUGAGCACAGCAAACAUUCAUCAUCCCUUCCACGAGUAAGCACUUGGAGAAGAACUGGAAGUUCAUCCUCCAUUCUUUCUGCUUCAUCAGAAUCCAGUGAAAAAGCAAAAAGUGAAGAUGAAAAACAUGUAAACUCUAUUUCAGGAAGCAAACAAACUAAAGAAAACCAAGUAUCCACAAAAGGAACAUGGAGAAAAAUAAAAGAAAAUGAGAUUUCUCCCACAAAUAGUACCUCUCAGACCACUUCCUCAGGUGCUGCAAAUGGUGCUGAAUCAAAGACUCUGAUUUAUCAAAUGGCACCUGCUGUUUCUAAAACAGAGGAUGUUUGGGUGAGAAUUGAGGACUGUCCCAUCAACAACCCUAGAUCCGGAAGAUCCCCAACAGGAAAUACUCCUCCUGUGAUUGACACUGUUUCAGAAAAGGGAAAUCCAAAUGCUAAAGAUUCAAAAGAUAAUCAGGGAAAACAAAAUGUGGGUAAUGGCAGUGCUCCCAUACGCACCAUGGGUUUGGAAAAUCGCCUGAACUCCUUUAUUCAGGUAGAUGCCCCAGACCAAAAAGGAACUGAGGCAAAACCAGGACAAAGUAAUCCUGUCCCUGUGUCAGAGACUAAUGAAAGUUCCAUAGCUGAGCGUACCCCAUUCAGUUCUAGCAGCUCAAGCAAGCACAGUUCACCUAGUGGGACUGUUGCUGCCAGAGUGACUCCUUUUAACUACAAUCCAAGCCCCAGGAAAAGCAGCGCAGAUAGCACUUCAGCCCGGCCGUCUCAGAUCCCAACACCAGUGAACAACAACACGAAGAAACGAGAUUCGAAAACUGACAGCACAGAAUCCAGUGGAACUCAAAGUCCUAAGCGCCAUUCUGGGUCUUACCUUGUGACAUCUGUUUAAAAGAGCUGGAAUGAUGAAACUAAGAAAAUUAUGUGUUAAUUACAACUGCUAUGUAGAAAUCUUGUUUCACAUGAAACUUUAAAAGACUGAAAAAUGUUGUAAAUAGGUUUGAUUGUUAGAGAGUUUUUGUUCUGGAAGCCAUAUUUGAUAGUAUACUUUGUCUUCACUGGUCUUAUUUUGGGAGGCACUCUUGAUAGUUAGGAAGAAAAUGGUAAAGCCAAGUAUAUUUGUACAGGAUGUUUUACAUGUAUUUAAGUAGCAUCCCAUCCCAUCAUCCUUUAAUUAUUGCUUGUCUUAAAAUAAUGAACACUACAGAUAGAGGAUAUGAUAUAUUGCUGUUCUCAAUCAUUUCUAGAUUAUAAACUGACUAAACUUACAUCAGGGAGAAAUUGGUAUUUAUGCAAAAAAACAUUCUGUUUUAGUCUUUGUGAGUCCAUCUAACAUCAUAAUUAAUCAUGUGGCUGUGAAAUUCACAGUAAUAUGGUUCCCAAUGAACAAGUUUACCCAGCCUGCUUUGCUUUACUGCAUGAGUGAAACUGAUGGUUCAAUUUCAGAAGUAAUGAUUAACAGUUCUGUGGUCACAUUAUGUGCAUAGAGAUAGCUAUGGUGUAACAAUUUACACUAUUUUGUGCUCAAAACAAAAACAAAAAAUCUGUGUAACUGUAAAACAUUGAAUGAAACUAUUUUACCUGAACUAGAUUUUAUCUGAAAGUAGGUAGAAUUUUGCUAUGCUGUAACUUGUUGUAUAUUCUGGUAUUUGAGGUGAGAUGGCUGCUCUUUUAUUAAUGAGACAUGAAUCGUGUCUCAACAGAAACUAAAUGAACAUUUCAGAAUAAAUUAUUGCUGUAUGUAAACUGUAACUGAAAUUGGUAUUUGUUUGAAGGGUCUUAUUUCACGUUUGUAUUAAUAAUUGUUUAAAAGGCCUCUUUUAAAAGCUUAUAUAAAUUUUUUCUUCAAAUUCUAUGCAUUAAGAGUAAAAUUCCUCUUACUGUAAUAAAAACAAUUGAAGCGAACUGUUGGCAUUUAACUACCCCAUGCAUUGGCACUUAACCAUUCCUGAAACUUAUUUUUCUUAUAUGAGAUUAGCUUAGCACUCCUAAUGUUUAAUAUUUUUCCUUACUCCACUGGGGUUAGUUUAAAAUAGUUUCAUGUAAUAGCAAUGUGAGCUACCUAGCACAGGACUAGAUGUUGAACAUAAUAGGCCCACAUAGAGUAUUUCUUUUCUCUUAAGAGUCUCUAUACUUGAAAAAUUAAUUGGUUAUUCUUAGGUAUAAGUAGUUACCUCUUCCACACCUGUCUUGGAAUAUGACUGUCUUGUCCCUUCGUCUACCCUCUGUUGCUACUGGAUCUGGAAUUAACACCUUUUAUCACUCUAUAUGUUGGGGCAAAAUUCCAGCAGCUGAUUGUAAUCAGCAUUUUGCCAUGCUCAGAAAAUGCGAAUCACAUGGAACUUCAAAGGUAGAUUUAAUACCACUAUGAUAUUCAAAGACAAUUUAAAAACCUCUGGCUGUUAAGGAAAACUUUGUUUCUGGUGGAUGGAGUUGUGGGGCACAUGUCCAAGUGCCCCCUUCACAGAGCAGGGAGAUCGUAACACACGCAUUAAUAUAUUUUAUCUUUCCAGAAUUUGUCCUGAAAGAUCAGAGGGUGAAAAUGAUAAAUGCUCACAUACUGAAUAAAUGAAAAUUGGCUUUUAAUGAUAAAAUCCGUGCGCUCUGCCUUUGGGGAAGGAAAAGAUAUUUAGGUACAGUGGGGACACUAGGAAAUGUGGUUGAGAAGGAGUCAACACAUCUGCUUGAUGCCCUUGGAAUCACACGUGGUCAUCUCCCCUUACCAGUGUUUAUCAGUGCCAGGAAACCCUCCAAGCCCAUACUCUUUCCACUGUACCGCUUUGCAGACACUUCAAUUUACUGAUAUUUGGAAUAUAUCUACAUUUAAAUUUUUGUCAUUUUAUCUAAAUGAAUCUAUUGCUUGUGAAUAAUAAUAAUAGUUAAUGUGUUUCUCAAAGGCCGCCUUCUCCAACAGGGAUACGCACAUAUAGGUCCUUUUUCAUUCCUCUUUUAGUCCUGAUGUUCUAUUUUUCUGAACUACUGCAUGCCGGUUUUUAUGAGUACUUCAAGUACUUUUAUUGAAAGAGAUGGGAUGUAAGUCGAUUAGAAUAAAAUUGCCUUUUUCACGGAAGAAAAAAACAUUAUCAAUGCUGGAAAUGAAAAAAGGAUGCCUUCCACCUGCCAGAAAACUCGGGAAUUACUUUACACUAUCUACUGUGAGAAGGCCCUGUCAGUCGACAUUCCCCGUAGAGGAAAAAGUUGUUGUAUGAGACUCUUCAGUUAGAACAGCUCAGAAUUAGGAAAGGGACAGCCUCAAUUCUACUUCAGGAAGUUUGCAGGGUGCUGCCAUAACCGAUAGCAGGUCAGAUGGUCCCAGUCAGUUAUGCUUGUCGAAACCGGUAACUGAGCCCGAUGUGGAAAAUGAGCUAAGAGAUGUAUACCUGCUGCCAGCAGCCGGGGCCAGUGCCCCCCCUAAUCUCCCACGGCCGCAAACACCUCCCAAGGCAGUGGUUUUCAAACUGGACUGCAUCUGAGUCCCCAGGAGGGCUGAAGACAGAGCUGGGCCACACCCCAAGUAGCUCCUUCGGAGAAGGGCCCAAGAAUUUGCGAUUCUAAGAAGGGCUGAGGUGCUGCUUUAUGCUGCUGGUCUGGGAACCACACUUUGAGACUGAUUGACCUAAAUUACAGUGAAGCUCCUUGAGUGCUUGCCUUCGGUUCUAGCUGUUGCUCUCAACUGGAGCUUUUAGUCUGACAAAGAAUUCCAACCAAUAAACUUUCCCCUGCUUUAGGUUUGGAUGCUGACCUAUAAAAUCUGAUAUAGUCCAUCCAUCACUCCCAAUAGUGGGCAGAUUUAGCAGACAUGAAUUAAUUCCAAUGACAAUGACUAUUUCUGAGAGAUUGGCUUAUGUUCCCUUUGGAACAAAGUUAUUGAAAAUGCAAAUUGAAGCAAAUACCUAGUUUGGAUUUGCUGUAAAGAUUGGGAGAGACUAAUAAAAGGGAACUUUGAAGCUAAGGACAGAAUUAUUUUAAAUGAAAAGAAAAUGUGCCCGACUUGCUAAUAUACCAUGAGAAUGAUUAACAGCCAAUCAACUGUAGCAAAUUGCUAUUUGGGAAUAAACUUUCCAAGUUACCCGGGUACUAAACAGAACGUUAAUGAGAGGGAAAUAAUGAAAUGAAGGAUAAGCCCAAGAUGAACAAAUAGCACUAUAAGUAAAAAAAAAACCUUUUUUUCCCAUAAAAUAUGGGUUGUGUUGCUGCAAGGUUAAGGGAGGGGAUGAGGCUUUCGUUGAGGACGGGAGCAGCGGCACUAGACCAGAAUUCACGUUAUCCCAGAGGGUUUGUAUCUAAAAUAGGAAAAGAACAGAAUGCCAGAAAUCAAAAAGUUGCCAAGAGCUGCAGAAUAUUUGAGUGGUCAGAUUAUUAAAAUUUACCAAAUAAUUUUUCAAAAGUAUCUGAAAUAGAGUAUAUAAAUUAUUUUUUAACUUCUAAUUCCCUCAUACUAUUCUGACUUUAAAAUACUACUUUGUAGUGUUAAAAUCUAUGGACUUUAACUCCUGUAAAGACCAGGUCAUUUUCCUGCCAUUUUCCUAACUCUGUUUUGUGAUUAAACUAUAUUCUGGUUUUUGUUAGACCAUUGAUGCUUCUUUCAACCUGUAUGUAUUAUAUUGUUCUUGGUGCUAAAUACACUUUCUUUCCUCUGA